AUGUCGAGUCUCUCAUCCUCUCACUCGGACGGUUUGGAAGAGGAACUUACUGAGUGGUUUGCCUCCACCAUACAGGCGGCAGCGGGUGAGAAGAGAGAGCAUCUUUAUAAGGUGCUGGUCAUAGGAGACUUGGGAGUCGGCAAAACCAGUGUCAUCAAGAGAUACGUCCAUCAGUUCUUCUCACAACACUACAGAGCCACAAUUGGUGUCGACUUUGCCUUAAAAGUGAUUAACUGGGAUGCAGAUACACUAAUCAGAUUACAACUAUGGGAUAUAGCAGGUCAAGAAAGGUUCGGCAACAUGACCAGAGUAUACUACAAAGAAGCUGUAGGGGCUUUCAUCGUCUUUGACGUGACCAGGGUGUCAACGUUUGAAGCCGUAGCCAAGUGGAAGCAUGAUUUAGACUCAAAAGUGCAACUCCCCAACGGUAGUACCAUUCCAGCUGUUCUAUUAGCUAAUAAGUGUGAUCAAACCAAAGAAGGCCUUGUGAAUAAUAGCAGUCAGAUGGACGAGUACUGCAAGGAUAAAGGAUUUAUCAACUGGUUUGAGACAUCGGCCAAAGACAACAUCAACAUUGAUGAAGCUGCAAGGUUUCUAGUCACCAGUAUCCUAGCAAACGACAAAGCAAUAAACCACGAGGAGACGGAACCGGAUGGGGACCCUUUCAAGUUAGAUGGUGAAAAACCACCGGUAGAAGAGAAGGGGGCAUGUUGCUGACCCCUCAGCUAUUACCCUUCCUCCCCCCCCCCUCUUCUCUCCCUUUUCUACCAUUCAGUGGCAUAUAUGUAUUUACAUGUGCAGUACACCUAUUAUUCCACAGCUAUUAAAAUGAAUUUAUACCUGAGCUGUAUGGUGUCUGUAACUCACUAAUCAGUCACUGUUGGAUUGGAAUGUAAUGUACGUAAAUCUAUUUAAGGCAUAUGUUCACCCAAUCUCAAUUAUUUGUAUAUGUGAGAUCCAUGCUGGCUCGCAAGCAGAUCUAGGGCAAUUAGAGGCAAGAUUAUUAUGUUUGACCCAUACAUUGAGACUCUUGACAAACGGGUUCUAAUUUAAAGCUAUCAAAUCAACUUGUAUAUUUUUAAACAAAAGUUUACUAAUAUAUUCAUUUCACAUUGGUCAUUUUCUUUUGAUAUCUUUUUAUCAUUUUUAUUCGAGAAAUCUUUGUUCAAGGUUACGCUUCUACUGAAUAGUAAGUUGACUGAAAACGGUAACACGCUUACACAGAGCUACCAUGUCUCACGCAUUAUGCGUGAGACUCAAGCAUUUUGGACUCUUGUUCAUCCCCUAAAGUCUCUGUCUC